UCACUCGGCGCUGCCCCGUCUUCUGUGUCCCUCCCUGCUGAUACAAGCCAAGUGAAUCACGCAACGAUGUGAAGCAUUUCCGACUCAAAAACGCUGCACGUGAGGGAACGCGACCCGUGACUUGGCACGCGCUAAACUUAGGAAACAUUCUUCUUCUACGCUAAAAGGGGCGGUUAACCUGUCCGCUGCAAUUGGGACGGAUUUAGCCUUUACUGGUAGCCUGGAAACAUACUCUCCCAGGCCUUUCUCUGCCUCUGUGGUGGAUAGUGGAGUGUUUCCCAUGUGGUAUUGGUGUGCUGGAUAUCCCUUCACUGGUAGCCUGGAAACAUACACUCCCAGGUCUUUCUCUGCCUCUGUGGUGGAUAGUGGAGUGUUUCCCAUGUGGUAUUGGUGUGCUGGAUAUCCCUUCACUGGUAGCCUGGAAACAUACACUCCCAUGUCUUUCUCUGCCUCUGUGGUGGAUAGUGGAGUGUUUCCCAUGUGGUAUUGGUGUGCUGGAUAUCCCUUCACUGGUAGCCUGGUAACAUACACUCCCAGGUCUUUCUCUGCCUCUGUGGUGGAUAGUGGAGUGUUUCCCAUGUGGUAUUGGUGUGCUGGAUAUCCCUUCACUGGUAGCCUGGUAACAUACACUCCCAGGUCUUUCUCUGCCUCUGUGGUGGAUAGUGGAGUGUUUCCCAUGUGGUAUUGGUGUGCUGGAUAUCCCUUCACUGGUAGCCUGGUAACAUACACUCCCAGGUCUUUCUCUGCCUCUGUGGUGGAUAGUGGAGUGUUUCCCAUGUGGUAUUGGUGUGCUGGAUAUCCCUUCACUGGUAGCCUGGUAACAUACACUCCCAGGUCUUUCUCUGCCUCUGUGGUGGAUAGUGGAGUGUUUCCCAUGUGGUAUUGGUGUGCUGGAUAUCCCUUCACUGGUAGCCUGGUAACAUACACUCCCAGGUCUUUCUCUGCCUCUGUGGUGGAUAGUGGAGUGUUUCCCAUGUGGUAUUGGUGUGCUGGAUAUCCCCUCCCAAGAUGCAGGACUUUACAUUUUUCUCCAUUGAAUUGUAGCAUGAAAGUACCCACUACAACCUCAACGAAAGCCUUAUCCAAUGUGGGUUUCAGCUCUCAGAAUCAUUUUUUCCCAAGGCCACGAAGGAGAUUGGUCGGGUCUCAUGAGUGUAGAACCUUUGUCAAACUAUCACAAGACUCAUAAAACUACCCAAGGAAAUACCCACCACAACCUCAACGAAAGGC